AGAAGGGGAUUUGAUUUGAUUUGAUUGGCGGAAUCCUCGGCGAAAAACAAAUAGCGAAUGUUUUUUCCUCUCUGACACCGCCCGACAUCGUCCCGUAAACUCAGUUCUGUUCAUUCGGGAGCCGGUCAAAACACAAGAGCCGCCGCGAGUAUUAACAAACAGAUACUUUUAGUAUAUUUUUCGCCCACUUAAAUUUUCCUCUAUUCACAGUUUGAUGCUGUGAAAUGGAUCUUCACUUCAUUACGUUCUUCGAAGAGUUCAAGCUUCUUUUCCUUCUCGUCUCAAUACUGCCUUGUCUUCAAACGUGUUCUGCGGAAUCAAGUACAGAAAAAGACUUGACAUUUGCUAUGAUAAAACCAGAUGGAGUGUCUGGAAAUUACACUACUGCUAUCAAGAAAAUCAUUUCAGAGUUUGGUUUUGGCAUCACCAAUGAAACUACGGUUCAGCUCGAUGAGGAGACUGUGAAGGAUUUUUAUGCUGAGCACUCCUCGAGAAGCUUCUUUCCAGGCCUUGUCCGGUACAUGACCAGUGGUCCGGUGUUGAUGAUGGUUUUGGAGAAGGCAAAUGCUGUUGCUGAUUGGCGUGCUUUAAUUGGACCAACAGAUUCCCAGACAGCUAAGGUUACACACCCUCACAGCAUCAGAGCCAUGUGUGGCCUGGAUUUACAGAGGAAUUGUGUUCAUGGGUCAGAUUCACCUCAAUCUGCAGUGAGAGAAAUUGCCUUUUUCUUUGAAAAGUCAUCAUCAGGGUUUCUUCUGAAGCAUGAUGAAUUGUAAUGAUCUAAACACUUGGAGUGCAAUAAUUAUUAAGUCAUCAACAGCGUCUUCUGCCAGGCUUAGUGCCCAUCAUUUAACUGGUGAGAGACACGUUUUCUUUUGGGCAAUAGGAGCAUAAAAAUCUGCUUGGGAAUCGAAAACUAAGUCCUUGUGAUCUUGUAAAGCUUGCUUUAUCAGCAUGAAUUGGAUGAAUUCUUUUUUUUUUUUUCUCAUAGUGGAAAGCUUUUGACAAUGAAGGUGCUCAUUCACUGUAGUUUGAGUGGGAAAUUUGUGAAUCCAAAACCAAAUUCGUAUGACGUAGAAAAUAUCUAUAGUAAAUGAUUACAGAAUAAGGAGAAAAGAGAAUCACUUGUAUUGCAAGUGAUUGUGUUUCAGCUGAUUAUAAGUGAACAAGAUGUCUGCCACUCAAUCAAUGGGACAAUGAUCUACUUUAGCAUUGUA